AUUCUUCAUCGUGCUGCUGAACCAUGUCAUCGCGUGUCUGUGGUACCUGAUUGGCAAGGAGACGCUAGACUCGGAGAUGGUCAACUGGAUUCAGGAGGGGAAAUACGAGGACGAGGACCAGACCUACAAGUACUUCACAUCCCUCCACUGGGCCCUGACUCAGUUCACGCCCGCCUCGAUGAACGUGAGUGCUACCAAUGUCUACGAGCGGAUUUUCUCCAUCGCCGUGCUUUUCUUCGCCAUGGUGGCGUUUUCGUCCAUUGUGGGAGGCGUGACGGCCUCCAUGACCCAGCUGCAGAACUUGCGAAGCAACCACAUGAAGCAGUUCUGGAUCCUGCGCCGCUAUCUGAAGCAGAAUGGUGUCGGCAAGGAGCUACAGUUCCGCAUCGAGAAGUUCCUUGAGUAUCAAACGGCCAAGGAGGCGGAGCACGUGCAGCCAGCCAUGGUUGCACACCUCGCGAAGCUGUCUCAGCCGCUGAAGAACGAGUUGCAGUACACCAUCAUGGUGCAGUGGCUGCGCGGCCACCCCUUCUUCUCCAAGAUCUGUACCCACAUGCCAAGCUUCAUGCACAAGCUCUGCAGCACGGCCAUCAAGGAGAAGGUUCUGGGCAGCGGAGACAUCGUCUUUGAGGCUGGAGAGGAGUGCAAUCAAGUCUACUUCCUCAGUGCUGGCUUGAUCCUCGAGUACACGCACAUUCGGGAGACAGCGGAGACAUCCAAUAGGCUGCACUCGAAGCAAUG